AUGGCUCACGUGUCUGCUCAGGACCGUCUCAUCGCCGACUUUCCAUCGCUCGACUCGGCGCUCGUGUACGCCAUCCUGUCCGACUUUACACACCCACUCUCGGCAGCAGACGAGCGCGCAGCGCGCGACAUCCUCGACUCGCUCGCACGCGACGCCGAUUCGCAAGACCCCCUCGAUGAACCCGACCUCGCUGCGUCGUCACAGGCCGAGCCGAGCGAGGACGACCGCGUGCAGCUGCUGAGACUGCUGGACGAGGCUGCGGCAGAGUUUGGCAGGCCGCGCAAGGUCGGCAGUCGCAGCCGGGACGUGAGCGAGUUGAGCAGGCGACUCGACCGCACGACCAUCGAGGAUGGCGCGAGCGCAGCGACGAGGACUGGCUCGAACGGGUCGUCGGACGCACAGUCGGACGAGCAGGCGGCGCGCUUCUGGCCACGCAGCGAGGCGGCUUCUCUCACGAGCGAUGACGACGGCCGACCGCUCGAGGCGGGCAAGCUCGUCUGGGACGUUCCAGACGACUGUCUCGAGGACGUCGAGGACGACCCACUCGCUUUCCUCGCCAGCGUUUUCCCGCACAUCGACCUCGCCCAGCUCGAGGCCAAAAUUCAGGAGGUUUCGAGGCCGGCAGCGGCAGGAGGUGGAGUUGCGGCGCGACCGGCGGACCUGGAGACGCUCAUCGAGGACCUGCUCUCUCAGGACUUGAUCACGACCUUGACGGAGGCGGACGCAGAAGCCGCGGCCAAGGCAGCGGCGCCGGCAGAUCCGGACGGCAUCGCAGAGAUGAACCGGCAGCAAAAGCGGAAAGUCAAGGCGGCGCAAAAGGCGAGCAACUCGUACUCGCUGACGUCGACACCGCACAUCUCGUAUGCCGCCGCCGCGACCGCGGCGACUCAACCGCCGUCGAUGUCGGCCCUCGCCUCUGCCCCUUCUUCCGCCAACGCCUGGGUCUCCAUCACCUCGCAGACUUCGCUCCUCUCGACUCUCCUCCACAUCCCCGCCGCACGCAUCACCUCACUCUACUACAAGCAGUCCUCUUCCCUCCCUCAUACCGUCUCCGUCCUCCUCUCUCAAUUAUCCCGCGAGCGACCCUUCGAGACUCUCCCGAACAAUCUCGAGCUGCGCUCCCAGCUCCGUCUGAUCAUUCCUCCUUCUCGAGCAAACGACGACGUCCUCGAGAUGCUCCUCUCGGCAACCGAAGGCGACCUAAGCGACGCGCUCGACCUCCACCACUUCCUCCGCGACCUCGAGUCCGACCUCGGCAAGAACCUGACGCUCAUCUCGAUGCUCUCAGCGGACGCACCCGAAUCGUCCGUCACGCCUCUCGCUUCCAUCCCCGGCUCAGACGGCUUCACAACCGUCACUUCCCUCCGUCGCUCUCCGACUCUUCCGCGCGCAUCGCUCCACCCCGCACCCGACCGCUCGCACUCCUACAACGACUGCGCGGCCCUCGCGCUCGAGUAUCUCGAGAAACGGAACGAGGCGUUCCGCACUGCUGCGAGGCAUUUCCAGAAAGGCGGGCUGGGAGAACGAGGGGUGGCGGGGUAUUGGGCCGAGAAGGGGAGGGAGUACGAUCGCGAGAGGAGGAAGUGGGAGGAGAGGGCGGCCAAGGCGGCCGUGGGCGAGCGAAGGACCAUCACCGAUCCCAACACCAUCGACUUGCACGGCCUCACCCUCGCGCACGCGCUCAAGAUCGUCGACGAGGCGACCAACUCGUGGUGGGCGAACGCGCGAGACUCCGUCUCCAUCACACCCCUCCGCAUCAUCGUCGGCGUCGGCCGUCACUCGCGCAACAACACGCCAAUCCUCGCUCCAGCCGUCACAAAACACCUCGACAAGCACGGCUGGCGAUGGAAGUGGGACGACGGACCGCUCGUCGCUGGCGGGAUCGGGACGGCGGGGAGUACGAAGGGCGCUGUCAAGGUGUUAGGCGUCAAGUGA